AUGUCUACUCAAGGACUAUCCCUGAUUUUUACUCUGUUGUUUAUCUGCUUCUUCAGGGAGAGCUUCUGCAUUUGUGAUGGUACUACCUGGACAAAGGUUGGAUGGGAGAUUUUUCCAGAAGAAAUGCAUUAUUUGAAAGUUAAGACAGCUCCAUCUCACUGUCUACCUUACCCUCUGGACAAACUAUGCUGCAGUUUUGCUAAUAUGGAUAUAUUUCAUGGUUGUUUAAACCUUGUUUAUAUUUUAGUACAAGCUCUCUUUUUAAUCCUGUCUGUUUUGUCUGCACAUUACCUGUGGACGAAGUGGAAGAAACACAAAAAAAAGCUAAAGAAACAAGUCUCCUUGGAUACACGGGGCAACAAUCUAGAAACCCAGUCUGUCUAUGACAUUGACCAAAUACUCUGCAGACUGGUGGCCACAACAUCAAUGAUGACCAAGUACCUGAAUCAGAUGUCCCAUUACCCUCAGGCUAAGAAAGCCAAGCACCGAAAACUAAAAAUAAAGAAGACUGAAGGAGUAGAAGGAGGCAGAGUAUAUUAG